ACCGGAAUUGCGUUUCUCAUCCUUCCACAUUAUGUUCACCGCUGCUCGUUCUCUACGCUCCUCCGUCUCCAGGACUGGCCAUUAUGCGAGUAUUCCUCGGGCCAUGAUUGCGCGGAAUAUGAAUUCCAAAGUCAACGGCCCUGUCGUCGGUAUUGACUUGGGAACGACAAAUUCCUGCGUUUCCGUGAUGGAGGGCAAAGAGUCGCGGGUGAUUGAGAAUGCUGAGGGUGCCCGGACGACUCCUUCCGUCGUUGCUUUCACCAAGCACGGCGAGCGUCUUGUUGGUCUGCCUGCUAAGCGUCAGGCCGUCGUCAACUCCACAAAUACGGUAUUCGCGUUUAAGCGGCUGAUCGGGCGGCAGUUCAACGACAAGGAGGUCCAGGAUGACAUGAAGCACUGGCCCUUCACCGUGGUGGCCAAGCCCGAUGGACGCCCGGCUGUGGAGGUCGAAAAUGGAGGUCAAAAGCAGCGUUUCUCUGCUGAGGAGCUGUCUUCAAUGGUAUUGUCCAAAAUGCGUGAAACCGCACAGCAAUACCUCAACAAAAAUGUCAACCAUGCCGUUGUCACUGUCCCUGCCUACUUCAACGAUGCCCAGCGGCAGGCUACCAAAGAUGCCGGUCAGAUCGCUGGACUAGACGUUCUUCGAGUCAUCAACGAACCCACCGCUGCCGCCCUAGCAUAUGGUUUGGACCGUAGUGAAUCAUCCGUCAUUGCUGUCUACGAUCUUGGAGGUGGUACUUUCGAUAUCUCCAUCUUGGAAAAGCAAGGAGGGGUCUUCGAGGUCAAGUCAACAAACGGUGACACUCACUUGGGUGGUGAAGAUUUCGAUAUCCUCCUCGUCAACCACAUCUUGAACGAGUUCAAGAAGGAGUCUGGAAUUGACCUCAAUGGAGACCGGAUGGCUAUCCAGCGUAUUCGUGAAGCUGCGGAGAAGGCGAAGAUCGAGCUGUCGUCAACAACGCAAACGGAGAUCAACUUGCCCUUCAUCACUGCCGAUGCUUCAGGUCCCAAGCACAUCAACACCAAGCUAUUGAGAUCACAGUUCGAGAGCUUGGUCGCCCCCUUGGUUCAGCGAACUGUUGAACCUUGCAAGAAGGCGCUCAACGAUGCUGGUGUCAAGGUCACUGAGAUCAAUGAAGUCAUCCUCGUCGGUGGUAUGACCCGCAUGCCUCGCGUUGGUGAGACUGUCAAGUCCGUGUUCGGUCGGGAACCCAGCAAGGGUGUCAACCCCGACGAGGCUGUCGCCAAGGGUGCCGCCAUCCAAGGUGGUGUCUUGGCUGGUAACGUCACCGACAUUCUGCUCCUGGAUGUCACUCCUCUUUCAUUGGGUAUCGAGACUCUCGGUGGUAUCAUGACCAAGCUUAUCAACCGUAACACCACGAUCCCCGCCAAAAAGUCGCAAGUCUUCUCGACCGCCGCCGACGGCCAGACGGCCAUCGAGGUCAAAAUCUACCAGGGUGAACGUGAGCUUGUCCGGGACAACAAGCUCCUUGGUAACUUCAACCUCGUCGGCAUUCCCCCGGCUCCCAAGGGUAUUCCUCAAAUCGAGAUUACCUUCGAUAUCGAUGCCGAUGGUAUUGUCAACGUCUCUGCUAAGGACAAGGCCACCAACAAGGAUCAGUCCAUGACCAUCGCCUCGUCUUCCGGUCUCAGCGACAAGGAUAUCGAGAAGAUGGUCUCUGACGCCGAGCAAUACGCCGAGUCUGACAAGGCCCGCAAGCACCUGAUCGAGGAGGCCAACAGGGCCGACUCUAAGGCUAUGAACGAGUUCAAGGACCAGAUCGACAAGACUGAACAGGAGAAGCUGCGGGAACUCGCUGUCAAGGGACAGGCCGCCGACCCCUCCAUCAACGAGACACAACAGGCGUCCCUGGGUCUCUUCAGCAAGGUGUACGAGAAGCGCAAUGCCGAGGAGAAUGCUUCGCCGUCGUCGGAACCUGAGCCUGAGAAGACUGAGAAGAAAGACUAAGCUUAACACUCUUUCUCUUUCGCCCUUGUCUUUCUUCUCCUUAUUUACAGACAUCUUAGACGACAAAAGUAUCUCGCUUACAUUACUCUAGUGUUGCUCUUUGCUAUUCGCACCCCCACUCAAAUGUUAUUGCUCGCAUUACUCUUAUCUUGGUAUUACAGCCAUACACCGCAUUGUACUUUAUGAAUACAUAUCAUGACAUUCAUUCAGGAUACGUAGACAAGCGCUGGUGUUGGGUACCGCGACCAAUGUAUUAUUAGGACGAGCUUUAUGUAUCAACAGGGAUUCACUAUGCCAUGGUAACGAUUACAAGUUGCUGAGCUCAGAAGUCAUCAUGAGAUGCGCCUUUGCGCCUAGUCACUUUUGGCA